AUGUUGUAUUAUCCACUUAUAAUUCCGUUAAUUACUCCUGUAUUCGGAUUUAUACCGAAAUCCUCCAAUUUUAAUAUAUCCACUAUAAAUAAAAUUUCUUCUAGCUCAAAGGAGCCUAGUUUAAGGCCUUCCACUCACAACAGGGCUAAAGACAAUGCAUAUUCCCUAAACUCUUCCAAUUUCCCGGUAGACGUCGAAUCUAGACCGUAUGGAACAGGUUUUACGCCGACUUCAUCUUCUACUCCCUUUAAAUAUUGUGGACAGACACUAGAUAAAGAUGUUUCACCCAUUAAUAACUACGUUUUGAUCUUGAAAGACCAAAUGCAGGAAUUUAGCCAAGGAGGUGUUUACAUCGGUUCAAAGCCAAAUAAAGAAUUUGUUGGUCGUGUGUUGGCUGUGGGUCCAGGAAAACUCAUUGAAAGUACUGGGGCUGUUGUUCCGGUAUCAGUUAACGUCGGAGAUAUGGUUUUGUUUGAACCACCAGAGGAGGAGUCUGUGCUGACAUAUAAUAACCAGAAAUGCGUGCUUAUUACUGAUGAUCGUGUAUAUGCCACAAUAAGUCUUGCAGGAUUAUCACAGCAAAGUGCCUUUGUGGCUGAAAGAAUAACACCGCUCCAUGAUAGACUCUUUGUUCGUAUAAUUGAUACGCCUACCAAAACAGCAAGCGGACUUGUCUUGGCAAAGUCUGAAAAUAGAAAUGAAAACCUUAUGAGAGCAGAAAUUGUGGCAAUUGGGCCAGGUUCAUUUACGGAUGAUGGGAAAUUGACUCCAGUAAAGGACCUAUAUGUAGGUGACAGAAUCUUGUUCUCAGACAGCAUAUCUGAUGGCGGUGAGUUCACUUGCAACCAAAAGCAACAUGCUUUUGUUCGAUAUCGCUCAGUUUUAGCCAAGCUAUAAUCUUCUUUUCAUCGCA